UUACAUAACACAAGAGCACUGGGCCAGAACUGGUAUUGUUGCCACUUGUGAAGCCCAACAGCCUGAGCCGUUGGUAGUGGAUGCUGCUUGUUCAGUUUCCUUUAUAUCCAUUGAAACUUUCGCAAGCAUUUUCAGCGCUUUCAACUCUCAUUCCAGACUAUAUUUUCUGUGAGUCCUGAUCAAGUGAUACAAAUGCGCUGCAAUGGUGACAUAAACUAUCGACUGAGACUGGAAAAGUAGCUGAACACCAUCUUUUCUUCUUUUUUAUGGUGCUUCUAUUGGAACAGUCUGAGGAAAGCAUAUACAGCAUGAGUUUUAUCAUGAAGCUUCACAGACACUUUCAAAGGACCGUUAUUCUGCUUGCCACAUUUUGUAUGGUGAGCAUUAUUAUUUCUGCAUAUUACCUGUACAGUGGCUACAAACAGGAAAAUGAACCCUCUGAGCUAAUGUCAGAAGUAGACUGUGGGGACUUCCAGCACCCACCAUACAGGCUCAUGGAAGUCAAGACAAUGAAGCUUUCUGAUGCCCCGAAGACAGACCCCACAGUCCUGGUGUUUGUGGAGAGCCAAUACUCAUCACUUGGUCAAGACAUAAUUAUGAUUCUAGAAUCCAGUAGAUUCCAGUAUCACAUUGAAAUUGCUCCUGGAAAGGGGGAUCUCCCAGCACUUAUAGAAAAAGCGAAAGGCAAAUAUAUUCUCGUUAUUUAUGAGAAUAUAUUAAAGUAUAUAAACAUGGACUCUUGGAACCGAAGCCUGUUAGAUAAAUACUGUGUGGAAUAUGGUGUGGGUGUCAUUGGAUUCCACAAAACUAGUGAGAAGAGCUCACAGAGCUUUCAGUUAAAAGGUUUCCCUUUUUCCAUAUACGGAAAUCUUGCAGUAAAAGAUUGUUGUAUUAAUCCUCAUUCUCCAUUGCUUCGUGUGACCAAAUCUUCCAAACUUGAAAAAGGUUCUUUACCUGGAACUGACUGGACAGUGUUCCAGAUUAAUCACUCAGCCUACCAACCGGUAAUAUUUGCCAAAGUAAAGACCCCAGAAAACCUUUCUCCUCCUAUCUCUAAAGGUGCUUUUUAUGCCACUGUCAUACAUGACUUGGGACUUCAUGAUGGAAUUCAAAGAGUUUUUUUUGGCAACAACUUGAACUUUUGGUUGCACAAGCUCAUCUUCAUAGAUGCUGUCUCCUUCUUGUCAGGAAACAGGCUGACACUGUCCUUGGACAGGUAUAUUCUUGUGGAUAUUGAUGAUAUUUUUGUGGGAAAGGAGGGGACAAGAAUGAACACCAAUGACGUUAAGGCCCUGCUUGACACUCAGAAUCUUUUGCGUGCACAAAUCACAAAUUUUACGUUCAACCUUGGAUUUUCAGGAAAAUUUUACCAUACAGGAACUGAAGAAGAAGAUGAAGGGGAUGACCAUCUUCUGGGGUCUGUGGAUGAGUUUUGGUGGUUUCCUCAUAUGUGGAGCCAUAUGCAACCCCACCUCUUCCAUAAUGAGUCAUCUUUGGUGGAGCAAAUGAUUCUCAACAAAAAAUUUGCCUUAGAGCAUGGCAUUCCUACGGACAUGGGCUAUGCGGUGGCCCCUCACCACUCGGGAGUCUACCCUGUACACGUUCAGCUUUAUGAAGCCUGGAAGAAGGUUUGGAAUAUUAGAAUCACCAGCACUGAGGAAUAUCCACAUCUGAAACCAGCUCGAUAUCGGAGGGGCUUCAUCCACAAAAACAUCAUGGUUCUUCCAAGACAAACCUGUGGGCUUUUCACUCACACAAUUUUCUACAAAGAAUAUCCAGGAGGUCCUAAAGAGCUGGACAAGAGUAUUCAAGGAGGUGAACUUUUCUUCACUGUGGUUCUCAACCCAAUCAGCAUUUUCAUGACACAUCUGUCCAAUUAUGGGAAUGACCGGCUGGGACUAUAUACCUUUGUUAAUCUGGCCAACUUCAUGCAGACCUGGACGAACCUGCGACUUCAGACUCUGCCUCCAGCGCAGCUGGCUCACAAGUAUUUUGAGCUCUUUCCCGAUCAAAAAGACCCUCUCUGGCAGAAUCCUUGUGAUGACAAACGCCACAGAGACAUUUGGUCUAAAGAAAAAACCUGUGAUCGUUUACCAAAAUUCUUGGUAAUAGGACCCCAGAAAACUGGAACCACUGCUUUGUAUUUGUUCCUGGUUAUGCAUCCUUCCAUCUUUAGUAACUCCCCCAGCCCAAAAACCUUUGAGGAGGUACAGUUCUUUAAUAGAAAUAACUACCACAGGGGGAUUGAUUGGUAUAUGGAUUUCUUCCCAGUCCCAUCUAAUGUCACCACUGACUUUCUGUUUGAAAAGAGUGCCAAUUACUUCCACUCAGAGGAAGCUCCUAAAAGAGCAGCUUCUCUGGUCCCGAAAGCAAAGAUCAUUACCAUCCUCAUUGACCCCUCAGACCGAGCAUAUUCCUGGUAUCAGCAUCAGCGAUCGCAUGAAGACCCUGCAGCUCUGAAGUUCAGCUUUUACGAAGUGAUCUCAGCUGGUCCCCGUGCACCCUCCGAGCUUAGAGCCUUGCAGAAGAGAUGUUUGAUCCCAGGGUGGUAUGCCAGCCACAUCGAGAGAUGGCUUGUUUAUUUCCCUCCCUUUCAGUUGCUAAUUAUUGAUGGGCAACAGCUAAGGAUGGAUCCUGCUACAGUGAUGGAUGAAGUACAGAAAUUUCUAGGAGUCUCUCCUCAUUAUAAUUACUCAGAAGCUUUAACGUUUGAUUCUCAUAAAGGCUUCUGGUGUCAGUUAUUGGAAGAAGGUAAAACAAAAUGCCUUGGAAAAAGCAAAGGAAGAAAAUACCCUCCAAUGGAUCCUGAUAGCAGAGCAUUUCUAUCAAGCUACUACAGAGAUCACAACGUGGAACUCUCAAAGCUACUGCACACUGGGGCAGCCUCUGCCAUCCUGGCUCAGACAGGAGCUGCAGAAAGUGAGAUAGCACUGAGAAAACUCCUUGAGAAUCCAUCUUCUAUGUGACAUUCACCUUUCCCAAAGCUUCCAGAAGCUACCAAAAGGCUGUUUAAAAAUAUACCUCUUCAAAUGAGAAAAAAGAACAAAGUUCCUUCCAUGUGCUGGCAUGUGGAUGAUUAGGGGGGGGAAAAAAAGAAAAGAAAAAAUAUCUGUUAUGAGCCUUGAGGCCUAUGGCCUUUCUCUUAAUCCAUAUCUGAGCCUGUGGGAUUAUUGUAGACUACUGUGCACACAUGUGGAAGUCAACUACAACCAAUAUAAGUAUCAAACACAAAUGCAGAAUUGUCCAUUUCAUAGUAAUAUUUACUGUUUUAUAUAUCAACUAAGAUUGUGUCUCUGUAGGUUUUUAGAACACUGUUUGCCUGUAUGAUGUUUUCUUAUUCUUUGAUUCUAUAAAGUGUCCUACAAAACAAGAAGCAAAAGAAACAUCACAAUGUAGCAUAAAAUGCCAAAGUCAUAAUACCCAUGAAAAAUGCUUGCCAAGAUAUAAAUCCACUGAAUAUUUAGAAAGAAUUGUAAAUGACCAUUUGUGCUAGAUCAGAGAGUGGAAAGGUUAUGUAUGAGGUUUAUGUGCAUCAAAAUAAAAAGAUAAGUGCUAUAGCAAAACAAAAGUGAUUUUUCAUACACAUACUCUAGUGCAUUUAUGUAAAAAUUAAUGACUCCUCUGUCAUAAUGUAAUUGUUAUACUGAGAUACAUUGUAAAGCCAUUGAGAGGUGUAUGGAAACACACUGAGUAUACCAAAACAGUAAAUAAUAAUGCAAAGUGUACUCACUGAAUCCUCUAAAAGGGAGAAAUUAUAGGGGUCUCAAGAUAUAUUAUUGACAAUUUAAAUCCUCUUUUUGUGAGCUACAAAUCUACUCCAAUAGUCCUCACUGGUUCUGCAGAAAUACUUGCACAGAAUGUGAGGGAUGUGUCAUCUACAGAAACAUACUGUCUUUUAAAAGUGAAUAACUUUUUUAAAAAUUUUCCCCAGAACAAAAUCUAUUAAAGGAAAACUAAGCACAGUGUCUCUAGAUGAUAUGUUAUUUAUUUACUUUUAAAUUAUAGAAAAACUACAUUUUUCCAGAGAGUUUAAAAUGAAAUUGUGAUAUAGAGAUUUGUAACAAAAAAAAAAAAACCCACUGACAUAUGAUUUAUAAUCUGAUAUUUCCCAUGAUACUUUCAAUAUAAGGCAGAAAAAAAUAAGCAGGGCUAAGUCCCAUUUUUUAAAGAAUAUUUGGUGUAUUCUCUUGUGGAGGACAAUAAAACAUGGUUAAAUUUAUGGAUUAUCUACUAAAUUAAAUAGAGGAGGUACAACGAUGAGGUAGACACGAUUCCUAAAACAUAUUUACGCUUAAGUUUUAAAUGAUCAUAUGACUAAUCUUAAAAAAAAAAGAAUCAUACUUAUUGACCUCUGCUUAUAUUUACUUAAUUUUUAAAUUCACUAUACACAUAAAAAAAAUCAAGUAGUACAUAAAUUCCCUGCUAUGAGUAUGUAAGCUUUUAAAAAUAUUAUGAAAAGUAUGAUCAGAAGAAAAAAAAAAGAUACCCAAGGAAAAGCUACAACCCAAAUAUUUUCCUUGUCAUUACAAUGUGUAAAACUAAACUCUAUCAAUUAUUUGCUAAUUAAAAACAAAUUUUGAGAUCCUUCCACUUCCUACAAAUUUGUUAAAUUACAUUAUAAUUAUUAAUUAAAUAUUUUUAAAAGUUUUAUGUACCCAAAUGAUACACUCAUUUUUUAACAAACAAGCUAAUAGCCAAAAGAAAUGGAGAAAGAACAAGUUUUUAAGGCCCCUACAGUAAAAGAAAAUCAGAGUCAUUGGACAAAUAUGGUAAACUCAGUCUCCAUGCUUACUGCUGCCUUUCUUAAAGCAGCACUUGCCCAGCAUGGCAGGGAAAUGAGUGUAGUCUUUCAACUCCACUAAUUUAAGAAAAUUGGCUUGAGAGGGGCAUGUGUGGUGAGAACAGGCCCCAGCAGUUACAUAUGGUAUCGUGCUUUUAUUUUGACAACAUUUCUACUUGAUAAAAACAGAAAAAGAAAAACUGAUACAUUUAUGUUUUAAUGAUGAGAUGUGCAUUUAAAUUUCUAAACAAAGCUGCUAAUGGCAUGAUUUUGUCUAGGUAAACUGAGUUAGCUCUACAGCCCACCCUUUAAGAUAAAUGUUAAAAAAAAAAAAAACAAAAACAAAAACAAAAAACCCCUACUGGAUGCUUGUAUAAUGAAAGAAAAAGGAAGAGGUCAUACCAAAAUUGACUCAUUCACAGUACAGGUAUUAUGCUGUCCAUAGAAGCAAACUUUUGAAAGAAUUCUUGACCACUCAAUGUAUCUUGGAGGCAACAUCAAAUUCUAGAGGACAUACAUACUUUCUACAUUAUAUACUCUGGCUGAUUAUUACACUGUUCUAAAAGUAACAAAUACAUACGAGAAAAGAAUGAGAGCUAAUGUGAUUUAAAACUAGCUUUGUAUAGAAUUCCUUUUUCAUUGCUUAAAAUUGGAACUUCCUUAGGAAGAAAUGAAAUGGUUAUUUUAAUGUUUAUAGCUAUGAUAUUCUUGUCAUUCACAUUGAAUGAAAAUUACUGGAAACAUUUUUUCUCUGAGUUUUUUAAAAUAAAAAACCUGGAUAUAAUUCUGAUAGUAGCAUGGUACCUCAUAUAUACAACAAUAAA